CGGCGGCCGGAGACGAGCUCCGUGGUCAUCGCACCACCGACGAUCGACCAUGGCCACGGCGGAGCUCUCCCCGCGCGUGUUCUUGCCGUGCUUCCUGCUGGUGAUGAUCUGCUUGCGUCCGCCGCUGUUGAGGGCGGCGCGCGCGCCCGACACCGUGUCACGAGACCGGCCGCUCUCCGGCGGCCGCAGGCUGGUUUCCCGGGGAGGCAAAUUCGCAGUGGGGUUCUUUCAGCCGGAUGAUACAGCACCUGACAGAUGGUACCUUGCUAUCUGGUACAAUAAGAUCUCGAAGCACACACCUGUGUGGAUAGCAAAUCGUGCAAGGCCAAUCUCCAAUCCAGAGUCCUCAGAGUUGACAAUAUCAAACGAUGGCAACAUGGUAUUGCUUGACCGGCUCCAGCCUCCUAUCUGGUCGACUAACAUCACCAGUAAUAUUUCCAACUCCACGGUCGGUGUCAUCCUCGACACAGGCAACUUUGUGCUGGCACCUUCAUCCAAUACCACCAAUUUCCUAUGGCAAAGUUUCAAUGAACCAACCCAUGUGUGGCUUCCAGGAGCAAAGUUUGGACGGAACAAAGUCAUUGGUCACAACACACGCAUCAUCUCGUGGCAGAGUUCCGUUGAUCCAUCUCUAGGGUAUUAUACCCUUGCGAUCGACCCAGAUGGCAGCAACCAGUUUGUCCACAAAUGGAACAACUCUGAGAUCUACUGGGCAACGGGGAAAUGGACUGGCAGUAUGUUUGCUGGAAUGCCUGAGAUGGCUUCGUACCCUAAAGCAUUAGUAGCCUAUGAAUUUGUAGAUAAUGAUCAGGAGAGCUACUUCAUAUACCAUAUUAAUGAAACCAUGCUUACAGGCAUGUUUCUGAUGGAGGCCUCAGGUCAGGUCAAGGGUGUAGCAUGGCUGGAGAGUGUGCAAGACUGGGUGCCGUUCUUUGCAGUGCCAAAAGCACAGUGCAGUGUGUAUUUUGUUUGUGGUUCUUUCGCCAUGUGUACUGAGAAUACAUUCACUUUCUGCAGCUGUCUCAGGGGCUUCAAUAAGCAGCUUGAAGGAAACUGGCUUUAUGGCAAUCCCAGAGGUGGGUGCAUGAGAAAUGCUAGGCUACAGUGUGGUGCCAAUAGCUCAAAGGAUGCAGAAACCGACAGCUUCUAUACACUUGCUAUUGCAAACCUACCUGACAAGGCUUGGAGUGUUGUAGCUGUUAGCGCUGAUGGAUGUAAGCAGGCUUGUCUGGACAAUUGUUCUUGUGUUGCUUAUUUCUAUGAUGAUAACUGUUCUUUAUGGUAUGGAGACUUAAUAAACCUGGUGUCUCCUGAUGGUUCAACGGGACACAUUAUCCAUGUCAAGCUUGCUGCAUCUGAGUUCUUUUCAGCCUCAACAAAGACAGGCAAGGCAUUGGUUGUGUGGGCUUUAAUUGGUGGAGCUAUCCUUAUUGUCAUCAUUGUGACUGUAGGUGUAUAUUUGGUUCCCAUGAAGAUCUAUAAUAAGAGGAAUAACAUUGAGGGUUCUUUGGUUGUAUUCAGUUUUAGGCACCUACGGACCGUGACAAAAAACUUCUCAGAGAGAUUGGGCAAAGGGUCUUUUGGUUCAGUGUAUAAAGGAAUAUUACCUGAUGGGACACUAGUUGCUGUGAAGAAGCUUGACGGCCUUUCUCAGGGAGAGAAGCAAUUCCGAGCUGAAGUUAGUACAAUAGGCACCAUUCAGCAUGUGAAUCUAAUUCGGUUGCUCGGCUUUUGCUCGGAGCGGUCAAUGAAGAUGCUAGUGUAUGAGUAUAUGCCAAAUGGGUCCUUGGAACGAAACAUUUUUGCAAGCACUCCAGUGGAACUGAGCUGGAAUGUUAGGUUCCAAAUUGCUCUCGGCAUUGCCAAGGGGUUAUCUUAUUUGCACGAGGAAUGUAGGAGCUGCAUCAUACACUGUGAUAUAAAGCCAGAGAACGUGCUCCUGGACGCCUCUUUCAUGCCAAAAAUAGCAGAUUUUGGGCUUGCCAAGCUUGUUGGGAGGGAUUUCAGCCGGGUGUUGACGACCAUGAGGGGUACUGUAGGCUAUCUUGCUCCUGAAUGGAUAAGCGGCACAGCCAUCACUGUGAAGGCAGAUGUUUUUAGCUUCGGUAUGAUGCUUUUCGAGAUCAUAUCAGGGAAAAGGAACUCAGCUUGGUACGAGCAAGGUAUGGAGACGUUCUUCCCUGUACUGGUGGCAACAAGACUCCAUGAAGGUGACAGCGCGGCCUUGUUCGAUUCUGAGCUGAUGCAAGGUGCUAACUUGCAAGAAUUGGAGAGGGCAUGCAAGGUCGCCUGUUGGUGCGUACAGGACGAUGAGAAUACAAGGCCAGCGAUGGGAGAAAUUGUUCAGAUCCUGGAAGGAUUACUAGACAUCAACUUGCCGCCUAUUCCCUGCUACUUGCAAGUUCUUGCCGAGCGCUCCAAUGCAAGUUCUCUUCAGUCCAGGCAUCGUAUUAGAAUCAAUCUCGGAUGAUAGCUAUGUACUGUGAGUAGAUUUAAGAACCCUACAAAUAUUAUGACAUAUGUUGAAAAAACUACGAGUUCUAGGGCGCAUGUUACAAAAACUUAUGACUAUUUUGACAACUUGUUGAAAACAGUUUUGCUCCUGUGGUCCUCUCCAUGGAAAUUUGUAUAGAGGUUAAAGCAAACCGGCUAUUUAUUAAA